UGCUCGGCUGUCCCGACGAACGGGCGGCUAUCGCGGAGUGAAAACUUCCCCCGCUCCCCGGUGCGGAGCAGCGCGGGGUGCGGGUCGAGCGCGGCGGCCCCGAUGCCGCCCGGCGGGCCGGGGCCAGCCCCGGGGGCGCCCCCCGGUGACACCCCCCGGAGCCCCUGCCGCUUUCCCCCGGGCCGUGCCCGCAGGAGGAGCCGCGCUCUCCGCCCGAGGAGGAUCGCUGUGAGCCUCCGUGCAGGCAGGUGAUCUGUCUGCCAUUUCUGGUUACCCUUCUUCCCACCUCCCCCGCCUUUCUUCCCCCCCGGCUGGACAACUCCCUCCUUUGGAGAACACGCCCAAGUAGCUGAAGAAGAGAGAAAGGGAGGAAAAAGAAAAAAAAAAAAAAAGAGAGGGAGAUAGUUAACAGUGAACCUGGGGGGAGCGCCCGGAGCCGCCGGCGCUCAGGAGGAUCCCGCAGCCCAUACAUUGCCAGCAAUAAAGCGCUCCGUGUGACAGGCAUACAAAUCCGGGAGAGAGGGGCAGGCGGAGCGGAGCCCCGGGAGCGGGCCAUGGUGAGUGGCCGCGGGGGCGGCGGGGGGCGCGGGGCGCUGCCCAUCGCGGCCGCGCUGCCCUGACCCGCGGCGGCUCCGCACACACGGCCCCGCGGCAGCCGGCGGGCAUCGUUUCGCAUGUGGGGCUGAGACACGGCAAGCAAGGAAUAUGAACAGGAAAACAAGGCGCUGGAUCUUCCACAUCUUCCUGAGCCUGGGGAUUGUGUAUAUCAAGAUCGGGGGCUUUUCCUCUGUGGUGGCCCUGGGAGCCAGCAUCAUCUGUAACAAGAUCCCGGGUCUUGCCCCCCGGCAGCGGGCGAUCUGCCAGAGCAGGCCCGACGCUAUUAUCGUCAUCGGGGAAGGGUCCCAGAUGGGCAUCAACGAGUGCCAGUUCCAGUUUCGCAAUGGGCGCUGGAACUGCUCUGCCCUGGGAGAGAGGACCGUCUUCGGGAAGGAGCUCAAAGUGGGUAGCCGGGAAGCGGCGUUCACGUACGCCAUCAUCGCGGCUGGCGUGGCACAUGCGAUCACGGCCGCCUGCACGCAGGGCAACCUGAGCGACUGCGGCUGCGACAAAGAGAAGCAGGGACAGUACCACAAAGAGGAAGGCUGGAAAUGGGGAGGCUGCUCUGCCGACAUCCGAUACGGGAUUGGCUUCGCCAAAGUCUUUGUGGAUGCCCGGGAGAUCAAGCAAAACGCACGGACACUCAUGAACCUGCACAACAACGAGGCCGGGCGGAAGAUUCUGGAAGAAAACAUGAAGCUGGAGUGCAAGUGCCACGGGGUCUCAGGAUCCUGUACCACUAAAACGUGCUGGACAACCCUGCCCAAAUUCCGGGAGCUGGGCUACAUCCUUAAGGACAAAUACAACGAAGCUGUUCAAGUCGAACCUGUGAGAGCGAGUCGCAACAAACGCCCGACCUUCCUCAAAAUCAAGAAGCCACUUUCCUAUCGCAAACCCAUGGAUACGGAUUUAGUGUACAUAGAAAAAUCCCCCAACUAUUGUGAAGAAGACCCCGUGACCGGCAGCGUGGGGACGCAGGGCCGCAUGUGCAACAAGACGGCCCAGCAGUCCAACGGCUGCGACCUGAUGUGCUGCGGCCGGGGUUACAACACGCACCAGUACUCCCGCGUCUGGCAGUGCAACUGCAAAUUCCACUGGUGCUGCUACGUGAAGUGCAACACGUGCAGCGAAAGAACAGAGGUGUACACCUGUAAGUGAGGAUGCGGCUGGGCUGACACCCCCCCGGCCCGGGAUACAUUUGCACGUGCACUCAGCAGACCCACACGAGGCUGCAGGAAGGACCUGCUCUCCCAGAAGAAACGCUGACGAAUGGAGCCCUCUCUUCUCUUCUCAUUGCUCAUGUGGAUACACGGCGCGGACUCUUAGGAAAAUCAGCCAAGAAAUAAAAACAAACCAACCCCACCCCGAGCCACAAAACACAGAGAAAAAGCUCAUCUUGGUUAAAGCAAGCAGCACUGACUGCCUUGUGAAGAGACACCAGGCAGGGAACGCUCUGAGCCCCGCAACCGACUCCUGGUUUGGAACAAAGAUGGUCAAAAACAUUCCUGAGCGAGGAGCAGGGAGGGGUAGGGGAGAAAUCCUCCAAAAGGGGCUUUGCAGGGGCUGGGACGGACGGUGCCCCGGCGCGAGCGGCCCACGGGAGCGUGGGGAUGACGCCGACGCGGGCGCCCGCGCUGGGAACAGCUCCUGCUGCUCCUGCAUUUCCCUCCAGACGCGCGUGGAACCGCCGGAGGGUUCUGCGGACUCGGCUCCAUCCGCCCGUUACGUGUGCGUGCGUGUGCUGCGGAUUCUAGCGCAGGGAUUUGGGACGCUUGGGCAUAAUAAUAGCAAUAUUUAACAAUUUAUUCAGAUAAAACUAAUAUUAAUUUAUUUAAUUAAAAAGAACUCUACCCAAUGUUUUCGGAACUAUUCUGCAAUUAAAGUAGAUAGCUGGCUUUCUUUGUGGAAUAAUUUUGUAGAAACAGCAAGGAGAAACUGGAGCUGUACAUAUUAUUCUUAACUAGGAUAUUUCUAUUAGUUGGACUUGCAGGAUAUGUUCUACAGUACUGGAUGUUUAAGUACAAAAGCUGGCAACUUUAUAUAUAUGUACAUACGCAAACACGCCGUUGGUUUUGGUUUUGUGUUUUUCGUUUGGUUGGUUGGUUUGGUUUGUUUUCCCUCUCCUGUUUGCUGCUAGUUGUCUGGAACAAAAGUCAAGCGGUAGAGGUUACAAAUCUUUACCAGUUUAUAUAUAUAUAUUUUUUUUCUUCAAUUAAAGAAAGAAGCAUUAAUAAAAUCCUGUUUGGAAUACGCCUAAAAAUAAGAAAAUCCAGACAAACUUCCAUCUUUUGGAAAAAAUCAACCAUAGGAUAAGAGAGUAUAUUUUGUAAGAGACUAUUUUUAUAUAAAUAUUUUAUUUAUACUACGUCUGCUUGUUCAACCUGUACUUUUUCUCAAAACAGGCAUAUAAUUUGUAAGUCUUAGGCUAUUUAACAGAGAAAGGGUCAGGGGUCUGUGGACACGCCAGCAGCGAGCUGGGUGGACGAGCAGAGGGCAGAAGGAGCGUCCCUGCGGCUGCGGGUACAAACCGGCUCCUUUCCCGCAGCUCAAUCUGCCCAAUAUGCAAAACAACAACAGGGUAUGUAGCAUCAGUUUGGUCGCAUGGCUUGAAUGGGUGAUUGGUAUUCACUGGAUGCUCAUUUAUCCCAUUCAAGAAAAAGAAAAAUCCGAAUUAGCUUCCCACAUGCGUCAGUCAUUAAACGGUGGCGUUAUGACCAGCAAAUGUGCUGCGUGUGCUGUCAGUUAAACCUCUAUAUUGUGUUACUGUCAAAUUUGAUUUUAAUCAGUGCAAGACUGUAGACUAUGACUGUAAAAACUUGCAUGACACACAUCGUCUGAUUCUCAUAGACGGGAUACAAAGCUUACUUUUUGUCCGGCUCUUUUUGGCAUUUACAUUAUUCUUUCCCCCCAAAAAGGCCCGAGAGCUCAAAAAUGCAGAAAACCAUCCAGGCACAUUUAAAGACGCUUCCCUUGUUUUUCAGAGUCCGGCUAAGCCAUUUUGCAUUCCCUUUGUGCUAAUUUCUCCAGAUAUUCGAGUGGCAAAUAUUUCUCCGGUUUUAGAAUCUUUCCUGUUUGACUCAUUUGUGACCCAUCAAAGGGAAAGAAUCUGAAUUUAUGUCGCUUUUCAUUGGGUAAGAAACGACAAAGAGCAUCGGGAAAGGAACCGACCCACCGGCUCCUCUUGGUAACCGCAGGUCUCACGAGGAGCAGACAAUACAGAUCUAUUAAUAUCUCAUGUCCAUUGAUCUUUCUGAGGUAAAACUGCGAAAACAGAGAAAAAUUUCAGCAAAAGUAAAGAGAAAUAUCACAAAAGAUGUCACAAAGUUGCGCUGUGACGACCUCUUAGAACUUGUCUCGACCUGGCGCGGUGGGUUUUUUUAACUCACUUCUUGUAUAUACGUUAUUGAUGUAAGAUCACACGCCCAUAAAGUACCUGAUCCUAGCAUUCAUAAUUCGGAUUAAAUACACCAUUUCUUUGCAGACCUGCCACUUAACAUGAAAUAGAAUUCUUAUGAAGUUCAGACACAGCACAAGAUAUCCAAAAUGAUUACCAUGAUUUACUUUCAAACUGACGACUUGUCAAUAUAAAGCAAUAUAAAAGCAAUUUUGUGGGGUAAUUAAGUCGCUACAUUUAGUCCUUCUAAACUCCACACAUCAAGAACCGACAAGACAUAAAAUGCAAUGAAGUACGUACAGUAUGGACGUUAAUUACAACGCUACAUCACGGUCAGAUCUAACCUUUAAUUUUGGAACAUACCCCCCCAAAGUUCGUAUUGGUUUUUUACUUUGUGGAUACCAUAUCAUAGUCAAAAGUGUGUUUUCUUCACUGAUUAGAGUUAUUUUACAAAUGAUUACUUCUGCAGCAUGUUUUUACCAUAGAAAAGUAAUCUGUACAACUCCUGCUUCCUGUAUAUUUCAGUACGCAGCGAUGUGCAAUGUACAGCCAGCAGAUCAAUUACUGAAGGACAAAUAUCUUUAAACAGUUUUACUCACAAUAAUAAAGAACUGGAUGCGCAACGCCAUUAAUUUGGUACACAUUUUCCCCGUAUUUUACAAUACUGCUGAUGAUCAGCGCGUUGAUUAAUGUCUGUUUGUUUGAUAACCGGAAUCCCGGUUUGGGCGGUAUGAAUUAAAGAGCAAGGCAAACCAAACGCUGCAUUCGACUAGAAAGUAUUGGGGAAUUUGGCUGUGUCAUCUUAGACAGGAGGAAUCUGGCCCAUCAGAAUCUGCCGUGAGUCGGGAGUUAAUUGCUCGUUCUCCAAACGGGCUUGAUUGGCACAAAGAAUAAAAAGGAGGAGGACAAAGAUGGACGAUUUUGUAGAUAUUCCUCCCCCCCGACAACAGUUUGUUCUUUGUCCUGGGGGAUAGAAGAGCUCUGUUUUUACGCGACCAGGAGCCACACAAUGGGAGUGAAAUGCACACAAGUGCAGAACAAUGCAGCUCUCGAAAGAAAAUACAUCUUUUCAUCUCCGCUCGCCAAGGGACGCGCGGGAUUGCCGGCCACAUUCAUAACCUAACCCAGGCUUUUAAAGGAAACACACGUUCGAGAAGAGGAGUAGAGAACAAGCGUAAUGAAUUGCAAGCAGGGAAGCUGUUAUUUAUGAAAAUCCACUCAUUUGAUAGCAAAACCCCGAUUCGUGGAAAUUCAGCAGUUCUGCCUUGAGAUUCCUAAGCAAGCUUUAAGGAUUUAACCUCUCGGCCUUUCCAAAAGGACAACUAACCUGAGUACAAGUAGAUUGAAUACUCGAAGAACCCAUAUAAAACAUGAAUCAGUCAAUGAUGAAGCUUUCUUUGCCAUAUAUGCACAAACCUAAUGGAGAUAUGUCUUUUGACAGUGAUAAUUAAACUGAAAACAUCCUUAAAACAUA